AAUGUAUUAUUAUGAUAUGUAGAAAUUAAGAAAGACGGAGAGAGAUGGAGGUGAUGGAUUAUGUCGGCCAAAUUUGGAUUUAUCUUAAAGGCAGAUUAACGUGGCGGCCGUGCCCAGACGACAGAAUAGCAGCCAAGUAGGAAACAAAGGUAGCCAAACCUCUUCAUAUCUCUUUACAGAUUACGCUACACUAAAUAUUAUAUAAGGAAAACCAUAGCUCGAGAAGCAACCGUUUUAGUAUUUUUAGUAUUGACAACAGAAUCUUUCUGGGUUCUUGUUUUUCUUUUUUACAAGACACCAAACCAAAUCUUUAACUUAUACUUUUAGUUGUUAAAAUUAACCAUGGAAGGAGGGUGUUGUACAUCGUCAACAAGUACUCCAAGUUCAACUUCAACAGCAACCACAGAGAAACGGAAGCAUAGCAGGCAACAAAACCAAGAGAAGCCAUACAGAGGGAUAAGGAUGAGGAAGUGGGGUAAGUGGGUUGCUGAAAUUAGAGAACCAAACAAGAGGUCGAGGAUUUGGCUUGGGUCCUACUCAACACCAAUAGCUGCAGCUCGUGCAUACGACACGGCUGUUUUCUAUCUCCGAGGCCCUUCUGCUAGGCUUAAUUUCCCUGAUUUGAUAUACCAAGAAGAUGAGCUGCGAGAUGUGUCUGCUGCUUCUAUACGCAAGAAAGCCACUGAAGUUGGGGCUAAAGUGGACGCCUUACAAACCGCUGUCCAUGCAUCACCAGAAGAUAACUCACGAGGGUUACUUUCAGAGAAACCUGAUUUGAACAAGUUCCCGGAAAAUUCUGAUGAAGAGUGAUCAAAACAAGAUCGUUGACUAGCAGUUAUAAUUAACUGUCUGUAUCUUUUUUUUUAAUAAGUCUAUCAAGAUCUUUUUGGUUAGCCAAGGCAUAUGUGUAGCCGGAAAAAAUUUCUGGCAGAAAAGAAAUUAAGUCGUAGUGGAAUCAGUACGUAUCAGUAAUAGAUACUGUCAAAAAUGAGUUCUACUGGUGAUGAUCGAUCACUGGUAACUGGUAAGCUGUAACAAAUUAAAUUGAAGUGAGCUAAACUGUUUAGUGAAUAGUUAUUUUAGUUUAGUUAGUUAGUCAGCAAGUUUAAUCCUGUGUUUUUCUUGUCCUUUAGCGGUGUUGUGUGAUAUGUUUGUACCGUUGUAAUAAUUCCAAAUUAAGAGUUGUGAUGAUGAGGGGAGGAAGAAGAAUGGCCAUGGAAGGUGGGGAUAUAAAGAAACAGCCAUGGCCUACCUUUCCCUCUCGUAGCAGCGAUGAAGCUAGCGUAAUUUGAAGUUUCCAAGCAAAAGAAAUCAAGUAGAUAAGGAGAUAAGGCAAGAGCUUGGGCACCAAGCUGUGGCACUUGUGACGUGCCUGUGGACACCACAAAGCACAAUGACAUACACGCUGCUGUAUGAGAGCAAGUGGUCCUUAAUCAGAAGGUGGUCGCCUUCAUGGGAUGGUGGAAAGCUUACGAAAGGUUGUUUGCUGGAAGUUGAUGGGGGUGAUGAAAGCCAAAGGUGGGCGGUGAGUGGGUUCUUGGUUUCCUUCUUUUCUAGUAUAUGUUUUUAAUUUGUUUGUUGCUUUGGCAAUACAUGCAUUUAGCUCUAGCUGCUGUCAGAUGCUGGUGCAUGUGGAGGCCUUGCCUGUGGAGUGUGCGAGGACCGUUUAUAUAUAAUAUAUGAUAGGGUUUCCCUCAAGCCUCGUCUGUCCUCCAAUACAAUAUUGAUUUCCACGGAGAUACAUAGUUAGGGCUACAGAGAGUUGCUUCAUUAAUGCUAAUACUGUUUUGUAUUA